AUGUCUAAUGACCCGCCUCCUCCUUAUCCGGGAGGCCCCACGGCCCCCCUCCUGGAGGAGAAAAGUGGAGCCCUGCCAACCCCAGGCCAAACCUCCCCUGCUGUUGUGCAGCCCCCCGCAGGCAUGUCACUGCCUCCUGCAGACAUUGGCCCUCCACCUUAUGAGCCACCUGGUCACUCAAUGCCCCAGCCUGGCUUCAUCCCUCCACACGUGAAUGCAGAUGGAGCCUACAUGCCUCCAGGAUUCUACCCUCCUCCAGGCCCCCAUGCAUCGAUGGGCUAUUACCCACCAGGGCCCUACCCACCAGGGCCCUACCCGCCAGGGCCCUAUCCUGGUCCUGGCGGACACACAGCCACAGUCCUGGUCCCUUCAGGGGCUGCCACUACGGUGACAGUGCUGCAGGGAGAGAUCUUCGAGGGUGCACCUGUGCAGACAGUGUGUCCCCACUGCCAGCAGGCCAUCACCACCAAGAUCUCCUACGAGAUUGGCCUGAUGAACUUCGUGCUGGGCUUCUUUUGCUGCUUCAUGGGGUGCGAUCUGGGCUGCUGCUUGAUCCCCUGCCUCAUCAACGACUUCAAGGAUGUGACGCACACGUGCCCCAGUUGCAAAGCCUACAUCUACACGUACAAGCGCCUGUGCUAA